AUGCCGGGUAUUGUGAAAAAUGAAGCAAAAGCAAUGAAAGAGUUUGAGAAUCAUUCUCUCUCUAAGAGCAUCUUAAAUCUAACCAAUUCACCACAAAGUGUAUGUGAUAUGCACUUUUCUCGUCGAUCACCUUCGACUAGUAGAAGCUUUGGAUCCGAGAGUGAUUGGUCUAUAACGGAUUCGGAAUUUUCCCAUUUUGGUGGAGAACAAGUGAGGAAGUUGGAGAUUGUGAAAGAGGAAAUGGAGAAAGGUAUAAAGAGGGAUUCAAGAGCUAAGGGAAGAAGUCCUAAUGCAAAACCUCCUAUUGAAAGGAAGGGUGAGAAUUGUCUUUUGAGAAAGCAAAAUACAACGGUUACUAAUCGUGUUAUAAAACUGAAUAGUUCUUCGGCUGGAAGAUCAAGGUCGCAAAGUCAAGUCGAGAAUUCCAAAGAAUCGAUGUUAGAUAAUCCUGAACUUGGACCGUUUUUGCUAAAGCAGGCGAGGGACUUGAUUUCAUUAGGAGAGAAUCCUCGGAGCGCUCUAGAAUUAUCGAUUCAAGCAAUGUCAAUGUUUGAGAAAUCUGCUAAUGGGAAACCGAGUUUGGAUUUGGUUAUGUGUUUGCAUGUUAUUGCAGCAAUAUAUUGCAGCUUGGGGCAUUACAAUGAGGCCAUUCCAAUUUUAGAGAGAUCGGUCGAGAUUCCUGUUGUUGGGGAAGGUCAACAACAUGCCAUAGCGAAAUUCGCCAGUUUCAUGCAGCUUGGAGACACUUAUGCCAUGCUAGGCCAGCUUGAGAAGUCAAUUAUGUGUUACACGAAAGGGUUGGAAGUGCAAAGAAUGGUUUUAGGAGUAACAGAUCCAAGAGUUGGUGAAACUUGUAGGUAUGUAGCAGAAGCUAAUUUUCAAGCAUUGCGAUUUGAUGAGGCGGAGAGGCUUUGUCAAAUGGCUCUUGAUAUUCAUGGAGCAAAUGGUUCACAUUCUUCUCUCGAAGAGGCGGCGGAUAGAAGAUUGAUGGGACUUAUAUGUGAAACUAAUGGAAAUCAUGAGGCUGCAUUGGAGAAUCUUGUUUUAGCAAGCAUUGCAAUGGUAUCAAAUGGUCAAGAAGUGGAAGUGGCGUCUGUUGAUUGCAGCAUCGGAGACACAUUUCUGUCGUUGGCACGAUACGAUGAGGCCAUCUUGGCUUAUAAAAAGGCCUUGGCGGUUUUCAAGACUCACAAAGGAGAGAAUCAUCCUGCUGUUGGAUCGGUCUUUGUACGUUUGGCUGAGUUGUAUAGUAGGACAUGGAAAACAAGAGAAUCAAAAUCAUAUUGCGAGAAUGCACUUAAAAUCUAUGAAAAUCCCAUGUCAGGUGUCCCUUCUGACCAAAUUGCUAGUGGUUUUGUGAAUAUUGCAGCUAUUUAUGAAUCAAUGAAUGAGCUUGAACAGGCACUCAAGUUACUGCACAAGGCAUUAGAGAUACACAAUGAUGCUCCUGGUCAACAGAACACAAUAGCAGGAAUUGAAGCUCAAAUGGGGGUCAUAUAUUAUGUGUUGGGAAACCAGACUGAAUCCUAUAAUGCUUUCAAGAAUGCUGUCUCGAAGCUUCGUGCCACGGGAGAGAAAAAAUCGGCUUUCUUUGGUAUUGUUCUGAAUCAAAUGGGUCUUUGUUGUGUGCAACUUUGUGAGUUAACUGAGGCUGCAAAAUUAUUUGAAGAAGCAAAGGUUGUUCUGGAAAAAGAAUAUGGCCCCUACCACCCUGAAACACUUGGGGUAUAUAGCAAUCUUGCUGGCACAUAUGAUGCAAUGGGAAGGGUGGAUGAUGCAAUUGAUCUAAUGGAGUACAUUGUGGAUGCGAGGGAGGAAAAGCUUGGGACAGCACACUUUGAUGUUGUUGAUGAGAAGAGAAGAUUGAACGAGUUGUUGAAGGAAACUGGUAGAGUUCGGAAGAGAAAAACCAUGUCACUUGAGAAUCUUUUUGAUGUUAAUACUUAUCUAUAA